GGGACAGACAAUCUUUUACCUCUUACUAUCAAGCAAUACAACAUACUUUUUCUUUCACAAUUUCUCAAGGCUUUUUACUAUUUUAUUCUUAUCAAAUUCUUUCACUUUAUUUGGUUUCUUGGUUACUUUCCUUUUCGAAUUCUUAUUUUCAUCCUUUGAUUUUAGAGUUUUUCUCCACAAAAAUACUUAAAGACAAUCGAGUGUGAAUCCUACAUCCACAUUUUGGCGCCGCCUGUGGGGAGUUACCGCAAAACUCUUUAAUCUCAAAAUCUCUCUUUCUCAAACCAAGAAACUAUGGCUGAGCAGCAAGCUUUGAGCAGUGCAAUUGCCUUGCUUACUCAGACAACCACCGAUCUGACCAAUCAGAUGGGUACACUCGCUAGUGCCAACACCACUUUUGGUGAAAGGUUAAAUUCAAUCGAGCAAACCUUAACGACGCGAACAACGAUACGUCAGCGCAGGUUAUUCGCGACUCCCGGGAAUACCCAAACCCCUCUUGCAGGCCAACCCGCUAAUACUAGCAACCAGGCAGCCGUAGGGGAUGCGACUAACCCAACCGGGGAACAAGUUCCCCAGGGUCAGGGAAAUCUUCCUGAUGACGACGGAUUCUUCAUAGAAGAUCCUGACGUCACCCUAUCAGACGAUUUCAUCAAAGUUCGUCAAGAGCUUAGUGAAAUGAAAUCGAAAUUUCAUCAGGCGACCAGUUCGGCGCCUGAGAUCGAUCGAGUAAUCGAAGAAACUCGACGAACACCCUUCACUUCGAGAAUCUCGAAGCUUCGGAUCAAAAAUUCUCGAAAGGUCAAAUUACCAACUUACGAUGGUAAAGGCGAUCCUAAAAAUUACCUCGCUGCUUUUCAGAUCGCUGCUGGCAGAAUUGAUCUAGAACCAGACGAGGAAGAUGCCGGAUAUUGCAAACUAUUCUCCGAGAAUCUAUCCGGAUCGGCUUUAUUAUGGUUCACUCAGUUGGAGCCUGAAUCCAUUGAUAGUUUUAAGGAAUUGUCCUCCGCAUUCCUAAAACAGUAUUCCAUGUUCAUGGAAAAGGCAACCUCUGAUGCAGAUCUUUGGAAUUUAACCCAAGGUCAGAACGAACCACUUCGCAAAUAUAUCGCUAAAUUCAAAGAAGUGAUAGCCAAAAUUUCUGGGGUAUCGCACGCUGCUGCCCUUUCUGCUUUAAAAAACGGACUCUGGCAUGAAUUUCGAUUCCGGGAAGAAAUCAUCGUCAAUCGUCCAAGCACCAUCCAAGACGCUUUAUUUAGAGCUACUAAUGGGAUGGAGGCAGAAGAAGAAAAGCUUAGCCUCGCUAAAAAGCAUCGGCCAGCAAAAUUGGUUGUUGGAAAUCCAACUAAAAAGUUCGAACCAAAAGAUCAAAAACGGUUCGGAGUUAAUCCUGCUACUAACGCUGUAGGAAAACCCUCCCCAAGCAGAGGAAGAUACAAUUCUCCUAAUACUUGGGUUAGAGAUGAGAGUGCCUAUUGCGAUAUUCAUAGAGUAAAUGGGCAUUCCACCAAAGAUUGCAGCGUACUCAAAAAGCACCUCACCGAACUGUGGGCGGCUGGAGAGCUCGCUAAUUUCAAUAUCGAGGAGUUUGUGGAAUCUUAUCAUAAAGAAAAAGAAGAUUCCGAAGCGUCCAAUCCUCCUGAAAAGAAACAUAAGCCCAAUGGGCCCGGAACUCCGAACACUCCUAAGAAAAGGAUCGAUUCAAGUGAACAAACACCUUCUAUCUCUUUCGAUAAUUCGGAUACUCAAGGAUUAACAGGACCUCAUGACGAUGCUCUAGUGAUAACUUUAGAUGUUGCGAACUUCGAAGUAACUAGGUGUCUAAUUGAUACUGGAAGCUCGGUAGAUCUCAUAUUUCUAAGCACUUUGCAAAGAAUGGGAAUCAGUAAAGCCGAUAUUAUCGGUCCGCCAGCACCAUUGGUAGCUUUCACAAGUGACACUUCCAUGUCCUUAGGAAACAUAAAAUUACCAAUACUUGUUGCAGGGGUUCUAAAAAUCGUAGAAUUCAUUGUUUUCGACCGACCGGCCGCUUACAACAUAAUUCUUGGAACUCCGUGGAUUUACCAAAUGAAGGCUAUACCUUCAACUUAUCACCAAUGCAUGAAAUUUCCGACUCCUGCAGGAAUCGGAACCAUUCGAGAUCGAAAAGUAAAAAUCGGUACUACUUUAGAUUCAGAAAUCAAAGAUCAAUUGGUAACAUUCCUCAAGGAAAAUAAACAUACUUUCGCCUGGUCAGCAAAAGAUAUGCCCGGAAUCGACAAAAGUAUUAUCACCCAUGAUUUAAACGUUGAUCUCAGUUUUAAACCAAUAAAGCAGAAAAGAAGAAAACUGGGUCCUGACCGAGCUCAAGCGGUCAAUGACGAAGUUGAUAAGCUUUUGAAAAUUGGUUCAAUUAGAGAAGUAAAAUACCCGGACUGGUUAGCAAACCCCGUGGUAGUCAAAAAGAAAAAUGGAAAGUGGAGAGUAUGUGUCGAUUUCACCGACAUUAACAAAGCAUGUCCAAAAGACAGUUUUCCUCUCCCUCAUAUCGAUCGGCUCGUAGAAUCAAUGGCCGGAAACGAACUCUUAACAUUUAUGGAUGCAUUUUCUGGGUAUAAUCAGAUCAUGAUGAAUCCCGAAGAUGAAGAGAAAACAUCCUUCAUAACAGAUAGAGGAAUCUACUGUUAUAAAGUUAUGCCAUUCGGUUUAAAAAAUGCCGGGGCAACAUACCAACGUUUAGUUAACAAAAUGUUUGCAGAACAUUUGGGCAAAACGAUGGAAGUUUAUAUAGAUGACAUGCUCGUGAAAUCCCUUAAGAAAUCUGAGCACAUCACACAUCUCGAGCAGUGUUUCAAAAUUUUGAACGAGUUCGGAAUGAAAUUAAAUCCAGCUAAAUGUUCCUUUGGCGUGCCUUCCGGAGAAUUCCUGGGGUACAUAGUCACGGAAAGAGGAAUAGAAGCAAAUCCUAAUCAGAUUAACGCUUUCCUCACAAUGCCUUCGCCAAGAAACAUUAAGGAGGUCCAACGAUUGACAGGCAGAAUUGCUGCAUUAAAUCAUUUCAUAUCGAAAUCUACCGAUAAAUGUCUCCCCUUUUAUCAAAUUUUGAAAGGGAACAAAAAAUUUCGGUGGGAUGAUCAAUGCGAAGCAGCAUUUGGUCAACUCAAAACUUAUCUGACAACACCGCCGAUUCUCUCAAAACCUGAAUCAGAUGAAAAACUUUAUCUCUACAUUUCAGUCUCUAACCAUUCCGUAAGUGGGGUUUUAGUUCGAGAGGACCGAGGUGAACAAAAGCCAAUUUUUUACAUAAGUAAAUCUCUUACUAGUCCAGAAACGAGAUAUACCAUGAUGGAAAAAUUAGCUUUAGCAGUAGUCAUAUCUGCUAGAAAACUCAGACCUUAUUUCCAAUCUCAUCCGAUAGAAGUUUUAACUUCUUAUCCACUUCGCUUAAUUCUUCACGGUCCAAGUCAGUCCGGAAGAUUGGCGAAAUGGGCAAUCGAGCUCAGUGAGUACGAUAUAGAAUACAAAAGUCGGAUUAGCGGAAAAGCACAAGUCCUGGCUGAUUUUCUAACCGAACUACCAUUAAAUGAUGGAAUCUUUGUUGAAACGGACUCCACAUGGAAAUUACAUGCAGAUGGCUCUUCUUCUAAACAAGGAUCCGGAAUCGGUAUUAGGCUCGAAACUCCGUCAAAAGAAAUAAUUGAACAAUCAUUUCGAUUAAUGUUCCCGGCUUCAAAUAAUGAAGUGGAAUACGAAGCUCUCUUAGCAGGACUUCGGCUUGCUCUUGCAAUUGGAGCAGAAAAAAUAAUAGCUUAUUGCGAUUCUCAGCUAGUUGUAAACCAGUUCGCUGGAGAUUACGAAGCUAAGGCUCCUCGAAUGGAAGCUUAUCUUUCGGCUGUCAAAAAAUUAGCCGUAAAAUUCAAAGAAUUCGAAUUAGUUCGAAUACCUAGAGGAGAAAACACUUCGGCAGACGCUUUAGCUGCCCUAGCUUCUACCUCAGAUCCUGAACUCAAACGAGUUAUCCCAGUUGAAUGUAUUUCUUCGCGAAGUAUUUCGGUUGAAGAAACAGAAAACGAUAACAUUUCGGAGGCCGAAUACAUCGAAACUCCAAAACCAAGUUCCCGAAAUGAAAAUAGUUCACUUGUCAUCACCAGAUCACGAAUAAAGUCAAAAGAUGACGAACUUACUCCACCAUUGGAACUUCCUAAAAGAAAGUCAAGAAGAAAAUUAAAGGAUCAAGAGGUUCCCAUUAAAGAACCGUCUCAAACCGAACAGUCACUUCCAGGUGAUGUAGAGGUUCAGGAGACAAUCGAAGAUCCUGAUAUUCCUUCCGAACCCGAACCAAGGAAGUUUAUACUCAAGGAUAAUACUUCCGCUAAUGAUUGGGGGGCUGACUGGAGGGUACCCAUCAAAAAUUUCAUUCUUAAUGGAGAACUACCAUCGAACAAAUGGCAAGCUCGCAAAUUAAAAAUCAUCAGCGCUAAGUAUUGUAUAAUUAAAGAGUCAUUGUACAAGCGAGGCGUCAGUGAUCCUUAUCUUUUAUGUAUUUUCGGACCCGAAGUUGAAAUAGUGACAAGCGAGGUCCACGAAGGGCUUUGUGGUAGUCAUUCUUCGGGACGAGCAAUGGCUUUCAAAAUCAAACGGUUAGGAUAUUUCUGGCCAACUAUGAUUUCAGACUGCAUCGAUUACGCCAAACGGUGUAAAAAGUGUCAGAUGCACGCUCCUCUUAUUCACCAGCCAUCUGAAAUUCUAUCAUCUAUAUCCGCUCCAUACCCUUUCAUGAGGUGGUCAAUGGAUAUAAUCGGUCCGAUGCAUCGUUCAACACGAGGCGUCCAAUACUUAUUAGUUCUAACGGACUAUUUUUCCAAAUGGAUUGAAGCUGAAGCUUAUAUAAGCAUACAGGAUUCCGUAGUAAAGACAUUCUUGUGGAAACACAUUAUUUGUCGCUAUGGAGUUCCCUACGAAAUAGUAACGGACAAUGGUCCUCAAUUCAUUUCAAAUGAUUUUGAAGAUUUUUGUUCCGCUUGGGGAAUAAAACUUAGCUACUCAACGCCGAGGUAUCCUCAAGGAAAUGGACAAGCGGAAGCUUCCAACAAAACCAUUCUCAGCAAUCUUAAAAAACGCUUGAGUGCUCGAAAAGGUGGAUGGUAUGACGAGCUGCAACCUGUGUUGUGGGCUUAUCAAACAACCCCGAGGCGAGCAACGGGUGAAACUCCAUUCUCAUUAGUUUAUGGGAUGGAAGCCGUAGUCCCAGCCGAGCUGAAUGUUCCAGGUUUGCGCCGGAGCGAAGCUCCACUUAACGAGGAAUCGAAUUCUAAAUUAUUAGAAGAUGUUCUCGAUACCAUCGAUUAAAGGCGAGACGAAUCCCUUAUUCGACUUCAAAACUAUCAACAAUUGACCGCUCGAUACUAUAACUCAA